AGACUUUGUUUUGUAGCUUUACUGAAAACAGCACACUGUGCAGACUGGCGGUAAAGGAUCUCGGUUUUAACCUUUAUAUUUGAUCCACUUUGACUCCUGCAGAAACCUUGAAGGCAGAUGGAUGGAUAAAAGACAAGAAAAGCUAAAAAUGGACAACAGUAUUGAAGAGGUGGACAACGCUGCCUCAUCAGAGCUCAGACUCAUACUCAUUGGUGAGAGGUGGGCAGGGAAGAGUUCAUCUGCCAACACCAUCCUGAGGAAAGAAAGGUUUGAAUGUGGCCGAACCAGAACAGCUCAGGCUGAAGUAAGACAUGAAGUAGUGGAGGGUAGGAAGCUGACUGUAGUUGAUGCUCCAGGAUGGAGCCAUUCUCUCUCCCUCUCAGAUAUCCCAGAGGGAGACAAACAAAGGUUUAAACUUAACACAUCCAAGUGUCCACCUGGCCCAAAUGCUUUCCUCCUGGUUAUUCCCAUAGACACAGCAUUCUCUGUGGAGCAGAGGAUCACCAUAGAGCAGCACAUGAAGCUCCUGGGGGAGCAGCAGGUUUGGAAAUUCACCAUAGUGCUGUUCACCUACGGGGAUUUCCUGGGGGAGAAGAUGAUUGAACAGCAUAUUGAGAGUGAAGGACAGGCGCUCAGGUGGCUGAUGGACAAGUGUGGGAACAGGUAUCAUGUGUUUAAUAACAAGGACAAAGGUAACUCGUCUCAGGUCACACUGCUGCUGGAGAAGAUAGAGGAGAUGGUGCGACACAAUGGGGGCAAUCACUACAAAACAGAUGAACAGAUUUUUAAGAUCAUCAAGGCAAAGCAACAAGAAGUGUCUGAAAAGGCGAAGGAGAGGCAGAGGAGAGCUGAAGAACAAAGACAGCACAUGAUGACGCUCAUUUCAGAGGAGAUGAAUCCCAUCCCAGAACUCCGAAUUAUUGUCUUAGGUAGCCGAAGAGUCGGGAAAACCUCGGUAGCAAACACCAUCCUGGGCUCCAAAGAUCGAGAAGAUGGAAGACGAACAGUCCAAUCUGUGGUUCGGAAGGGUUUUGCAGAUAAAAGUGCAAUAACUCUUGUUGACACUCCAGGUUGGUGGAAAGGCUUCCCUGCGUUUGACACUCCUGAAGUGAUCAAAGAAGAAAUUAUGUACAGCAUGUUUCUCUGCCGCCCUGGGCCCCACGUCUUCCUGCUGGUGAUAGAUGCAGAUGCAUCCUUCAAUGCCAAACACCUGAAUGCAGCAACAACGCACAUGGAGCUUCUCAAUGAGGAAGUGUGGAAACACACUGUGGUGGUUUUCACCAGAGGAGACUGGCUGGGAACACACACCAUAGAGGAGUACAUAGAAGGCGAAGGGGAGGCCCUGAAGUCUCUAGUUGAACAAUGUGGAAACAGAUACCACGUCAUUAAUAACAAGAACCCAAAUGAUCGUAAACAGGUCACAGAGCUGCUGGAGAAAAUCACUGGGACUGUAGCUGGCAAUGGUUGGGGCCAUUUUCUUCCAGAUGAGCAGAUGCUUGUGGCUAUUGAGGAGAGACGAAGAAGGGUGGCAGAAGGAGCAAUGCUGAGGCAAAGUAGUGUCGAGGCCAAAAGGAGAUUCCUUGGAGGCUCCAGGAAUAAGUUGCAGGAGUUGAAGAUUGUGAUGCUUGGGCAGAAAAAAUCUGGUAAGAGUGCAACAGGAAAUACUAUCCUGCGUAAAAAAGUGUUUGCCAGCUGUCAAACUGAGCAAUGCAACAUGGAGGAAAGGGAAGUUGCUGGCCGAAUGAUCACUUUGAUUGACACACCAGGGUGGUGGAAGGAAUCUUCCUGCUGCAUUAAAGAGAUGGACAGAGAAAUUGUCCAGGGUCUGUUAAUGAGCCAAUCAGGAGUGCAUGCUGUUCUGCUGGUGGUUGCUUUGGACCAGAAGUUCACUGAAGCUCAGCGAAUCAUUCUGGAAGAGCACAUGAACCUUUUUGAAGUCAGUAUCUGGAAACACACAAUAGUUCUGUUCACACAUGGAGACAAACUAGCAGACAGAUCCAUAGAGGAACACAUUGAGAGGGAGAAUCUUCAUCUGAACUGGCUGGUGGACAAGUGUCAGAACAAGUAUCACACCAUAAAUAACAUGAGGGAAGCUGAUACGAGUCAGGUUACAGAGCUGUUUGAGAAGAUAGAGGAAAUGGUUGCAGAGAACAGAGGCCAGCUUUUCUGCCCUAACCAAAGCGACAUCGAACUAAGAAUCUAUGAAAAGCUCAGCCGGGGGCAGCUGAAACAGGUGCUGAAGCGACAACUGCUGAGCGAGUACAGGAGGAGAGAGCUGGCGCUGAUGACAGGCUUCAGGGAUAAACUCCUCGAACUGGAAGAAGACAUUAGUCAAAGUGGAGUGAGCUCUAAACCCAAAUCAUUCUUUGGUGAAAUGGCCGAAGGCAAAGCCAACUUUGGUGGUCUUCAGGAGACAGAUGAAAAGAAGAAGGAGGAAACUGUGUGUGCAAAAAUCAGCAAAGAAAUUGAGAAGCUGAAUGAGGAGAUAAUGAAAUCAACAGAUCUUCUCUGGAGCAGCAUGGACGGUUUGAUUCCAGACUUGAAAGAUGUCUGUCCAACACCGUCCAUCGCUGAGUCUUUGCCACAACGAAAUGAAACCAUCAGCAACUUUCACAAAGUUCUGGGUUGGCUGUCUAACAUUCACAUCGGCACAAAUGUGGACAACCAGCUGACCCUCAACUUCAAUCAGUCAUCAGGAUACAGAUCUAUGACAACACUAGGUUCGCUCAUGAAUGAACAGCUUUGAACGGCUGAAACACUGCUGGAACUGUGCACACGAAACAGUUAAAGGUGUAAGAUUAAAGAAGUUUAAAGUUUAAACAUAAUGGGGUACAAGCAUAAUAACAAUCCCAUAAAUAAAAUGGAGCUGUAGUUUAAUCAGACUACUGAGGAAACUGUAUCUCUUAGUCCUCUGAGUCUGGAAUAUAAGGGUGCCCCUGAUUAAGACCUUUAAUGGGCAAUUAAGGGGAGCAAAAUGUUGGGGAUGUAAUAUUAUAUAAUAUAUUGUACCAUUUAUAAAUAGGAUUAUUUUAGCCUGAAAAGCUCAUUUUAAAGAACAAAAAUCUAUUCUGUUUAGCAGAGAUUACUGGAACCAUAUGACAUAAAACACACUGUGGUCUCUCUUCAUUACCCAUCAUUAACCAUUACCAUGACUUAACCAUUACCUAGUCAUGCCCAGGAUAAGACAUGCCUCAUCAUCAUCAUCAUCAUCAUCAUCAACUUGUCUGUUUUUUUUUUUGUUUUUUUUUUUUUGUUGUUUUUUGGAAGUUGAAAUCUCUCUUGUUGAUUCAUCAUUGUUUACCCAUUGGUACUUUCAUAAAUUUGUCCAUGUUUUGUUAGCAAUACAAGAACUAGUAAGUUGUAUUUAGCCUUGCUGCACACCCCUGUUGUAACUUUGGGCCCCUCCCCAGGGGGCUCACCCCCAGUUUGGGAACCACUGUCCUAAAUUUAAAUAAUCUUAACAAACAUGAAUGUUAAUGUAACAGCUGUAUGUGAUGGACAACAGAUUCUGAAUGUGGCUUAGAGACAAUUUCAGUGUGGUUCGGUUUUAUUCUAUUCAGUAAAUAUUAUAAAAAAAACACACACACAAUGUCAUAUUGAAAACUACAUCAUCUCUCCACUGAGAUUAAACGAGGUUAAAUCUUUUUUUUACAGUUAAAGUUAUUGUAUGUUUAAAUUACUGCUUAUUAGGACCACUUCUGUUCAGAAUAACACCGUUGUACAGAUAUUUAUGAUUGCAUUUUAAUGUUUUAGAUGAGAAUACACACACAAACAAUAUAUCAUGUAACCUGAUUUGAUUCUGUUUCUAUUCUUUUUGUAAAAUGAACAAUAAGAAGAAAGAUGUUUAUUGAUAUGAUUUCUUGUUUCACAUGAUGAAUUACACAAUUUUAUUAUUUCCUUAAUGCACUUCCUUAUAGUUUAGGACGUCCUAAACUAUAAGCUUCUCACUGUACCUGAUUUCUAUUUCCUUUAAAGUUAAUAUACAAAUAAUCUGUUUGUAUAAAUGUAUUGUUUAACAUUAAUGAUACAGUUGUUUAUAUGCUCUUAGUGUAAAUGUAAAUAGCUUGCAUGUCAACAGUCUCAUUUUAAAAAUCUAAAAUUCUCUAAUAUUUCUAAUAAAUCUAAUGUUCUGUAGAUUUAAUAUUUUGCUCAUGGGGACUUUUGAUGACUGUUGUAAGUGACAUGUUGUUUCCUUACUGUUCAAAUGCUUAACAUGCACACACAAAC